GUGAGCGUUUGUCUGGUGCUAAGUCUAAUGCUAACGAUAACACUUCCGACGCCCAGUGAAUAAACGCACGUUUUGAGUGGAAAUAUUGCAAAAUGGGGAAGAAACACAAGAAGCAUAAACCGGAGUGGAGAACGGUGGAUGACUAUGAGGACAAGGCCCUGGAGAAGCCGCUGAAGCUCGUGCUCAAAGUCGGGGGGAGCGAAGUGACAGAACUCUCGGGUUCGGGCCACGAUUCCAGCUACUACGAAGACAGAUCGGACCACGAGCGGCACAAAGAAAAAAAGAAGAAGAAAAAGAAAAAGUCUGAUAAGGACAAGUAUCUGGACGAUGAAGAGAGAAAGCGACGGAAGGAAGAAAAGAGGAAGAAGAGAGAGCGAGAGCAGAACGAAUCCGAGGCAGCGGCUGCCACCGCAGUUAGCCCCGGUGUGCCCGUUGAACCAUUCACAAUAUCGAAAACUCUAACUAUCAAAGUCGAGCCCGAAGAGAAGAAAAGGAAGAAGGAGAAGUUCGAGAGCGAGCCUGAAUUUGAGGAAUUUCACCCCGGUGUGAAGGUCGAAGUUGAGCACCAGGGAGAGAGGCCCGUGCGAGCGUGUCGGACACAGCACGAGAAUGAGUCCACUCCUCGCCAACUAUUACUUGAGCAUUUCCUUCGCCAGCUCCAGAGAAAAGAUACCCACGGUUUCUUUGCCAUCCCGGUGACGGACGCGAUCGCCCCCAAUUACUCAAUGAUCAUCAAGCAUCCAAUGGACUUCAGCACCAUGAAAGACAAGAUCACAAACAAUGAGUACAACACGGUGACAGAAUUCAAGGCGGACUUCAAACUGAUGUGCGACAAUGCCAUGGUGUACAACCGUCCAGAGACGGUCUACUACAAGGCGGCCAAGAAACUUCUCCACACCGGUUUUAAGAUGAUGAGCAAGGAUCGCCUGUUGGUUUUGAAGCGCAGCAUGUCUUUCAUGCAGGACAUGGAAGCCAUUUUGGGGGAUGAAGAACUUGCGGCCGAUUUACCUCCAACGGAGACAAUUCCAAUUCCGGUGGAAUCGGCCAAAAAGUCAAAAAAACAACCCGUGAAGGACAUGAACUACCUGUUUGAGCCAGAAGGGAGCGCCUGCAGCCUGACGGACAGCACGGCAGAGGAGCACGUUCUUGCCCUGGUGGAACAUUCGGCGGACGAAGCUCGAGAUCGGAUCAACAGAUACAUGCCAAACUCAAAGAUCGGCUACUUGCAGAAAGACUCCGACACUUCCCUUUUGUAUACUGUCGUCAAUCAGCUCGAUCCCGAUGCAGAAGAAGAGGAGACCCACAAAGUGGACUUGACUUCACUGUCAAAUAAACUUCUUCCCGGAAUAACAACGCUGGGCUUCAAAGAUGACAGGAGACACAAAGUGACGUUCUUAAGCAGCGCCUACAACAUUCAGAGCCUGCAGAAGAACUCGGUCUUUCCAGACUUGCUCCCCGACGAGUCGGACUUGCUGUGCUCCGCCUACGGAGAUGAAAUGGGGGUACAAUGCGCUCUGAGCAUUCUGGACUUUGUAAAGGGCUGUGGAAGUGUCACCAAGCAAUGGGUCGAUGGACUCCUGGAUAAGAUGACCGCAAGCGAUCACACGAAAGCCACCAAUCAGAUCCGGCAGAAGAGAAAUAUGAUGCUGAAACCUGACGAGACCAAGACAGGCCUCUGUGACAUGCAGAUGGUGGACGGCGCCGGUCUUGGAGAGGGCAGUUCCGUCUUGGACUUAAUGUCACUGAAAAACUACCCCGACAUGUCUCUUGACAUAUCCAUGCUCGGCACGCUAGGUAAAGGCGUGAAGAAGGAGCCAGGAAAUGAGGACGGCCAGCAGCACUUUCACGACGCUGACAAGCUCCUGCAGGAGUUCCAGGAGGCUCAGGUGGACCGAGUCUGCUCCAGACCUUCGUCCAACCUGUCGUCUCUGUCCAACGCCUCGGAGAGGGACCAGCACCACUUGGGGAGCCCGGCGCAGUCCGAAAUGGUCCACGAUCCCUACGAGUUCCUGCACUCUCCCGACUCAGAGAGCCCAGCCAACAACUGACAGCAUUAUUGAAUUCUUCACCUGCAUCGACGACGCCUGCCGACGUGACGUUGGACUGGCCCGAUAUUGUCGAGACAGUAAAGAGGCUGCGAGCUCUUAUAAUUAUAGACUGAAUGUUA